ACACUUGCUUAAAACAAAAAAUUACAAACUUAAUAAAUAAAAAAAAACUUUUUUUAAAUUCUUCCGCCGGCGUUUGAACUUUUGAAGUGUUUUUAAGCUCCUGUCUACAAACCUUAAGAAAUACACAAAACUAGGAUAGGUAUAUAGUGGAGUUAUUCAUUAGGUAUAAUAGAAAUCCAAACAGAAAAUGACUUAUCGUUUCUUUAAAUAUUAUCAAGACUUUUUAAGGCGUAGACCGUAUUUAGUUCAGGCUAUUCAAACGGGAGGCCUAAUGGCAACAGGGGAUGUGAUUUCGCAAGUAAUCAUUGAAAAAACAUAUUGGAGGGAUACUGAUAUUCAGAGAACUUUAAAAUUUGGUUCUAUUGGUUUUUUUAUUGGUGGUCCAGCAUUACGUACCUGGUAUGGUGUUUUAAAUAAAUAUGUAGGAUCACAAGGAAAAAUUGUUGCAAUUAAAAAGGUAUUUUUGGAUCAGUUCCUGUUUGCACCAUCAUUUUUAUGUAUACUGCUUAUAAGUGUAGCUGCAUUACAAAGAAAGACAUGGGAUAUAAUUAAAGUGGAUUUAAAAUCUAAUUAUUUUGAUGUCUUAACAACAAAUUAUUACAUAUGGCCUUGGGUACAAAUUCUAAACUUUUAUUAUGUCCCACUUCACUAUCAAGUGUUAGUUGUUCAGAUUGUUGCCUUGUUUUGGAAUACAUACCUUUCCUGGAAAACAAAUAAACAAAUAGCACUAAAAAAUUUAUAGAAAUAUUGUUAUAAUAAAUAAAGGGUUAGAACAUAAUGUACUAGUGUUAAAUUUUAUUCAUACUCAAUGUAAAUAAAAUAAAAUAUGAAACAAAGUUUUAC